CCGCUCCUACUUUUUGUUCAACUAUUAUUAAUAUCAUGCGGAGGGUAGAUGCCAGUCGCUCCGAGCAUCUAGCCUAACGCUGUACUCGCUAUCCACACCGCAGAAACAGGCUCGUGAGACCCAGAUAUUCGAGCUCCCUUCUUCUUGGUCUUUGGCUUGUCGUCCCCUUGCGUUGAUCCCUGGUGCAUUUCAAAUCUGACCUGGAAGUGCCUGGGAAAAUAGGCAGACGCUCGCUUCGAUAGCCGCUCACGAUGGAGUCCUUUAUCUCCCGCGGCGGCUUUCAGCUGCCUUUCCAACGCCGGCUCAGCAGGCUCUACAAUGAUACCAAGAAGUCUUCCGACUUUGUCAAGGAGUCUGCCCCGAGCCCCGACGACCCGGAGAUCAAGGCGUUGCAUCGCAAGUUGCGAAUCCAAAAGGAUCGAUUAGUCGGCUGGGGUUUGGAGUGGUCCGACCCAAACCAGGUUGCGGAGAUUGACGAGGCUCUAUCGAGAGCGGGCUUGAGCGAUCUCGUGGGUAGUAUAAUGGCUACUAUCAAAGACAUUCUCGCCGAGGCCGAGCCGCUGUGGCUCGCUUCUCGACAGGCUGUCGGGAGUGGGAAGGCUUCGGAAAAGUCAUCUGUUGACAGAAAGGCGCCCUUGAUUGUCUGGGACAAAGGGAGGUUUGAGGAUCUGGUCAGGGAUCUUACCGCGUCAAUUGACACGCUCUGCGACCUCUCCCGGACACGGUCAUCUGCAGCGAUGACCUCGAGAGCCGCAUUGACGAGAUCUUCUAAGUCGACUGCCUCGGCCGAGGAUCUGCGGCGUUACAGCUCGACAAGAAUACAAACACCUCAGCAGAUUGACCUUGGGACCUUGACAAGCCUGAGGUCUAUGAAGACAAUGCCUAUAUCGGAAACCGAGGUGGCCCAGGACAGACCCCAAGAGAUCUUCUUCAUGGGAAAGCAAGCAUACGUCGAGUUAACCCAUCGACAGGGGCCGCAGCCCUGGUCGCCAUUGCUGGUCGAGUUCGCACCUUUCGACCCGAUAUACUCGGCGACAGGAAUCAUGCCAGACAUGUCUCGCUUCGAGAAGCUGAGUGCUGGCCUUCAGACGGCCUCACAGAGAUCCCCCGGCUCUUGGAUUGGGCUCCCCCUUCUUCUGGGCUACCACGAGGACAUGAGGCAAUCAAGGCUGGCCCUGAUCUACCAGUUCCCUUCUGGAUUCAACCCCGUGAUCUUCGAGAACCUCACCCAGAACCCCCUCGAAAGCCUCUGCACCUUGAAGGAGCUCCUCGUCCGGCCCGACUUCGAACCGACUCUAGAAGCUAAGUUUCGACUCGCUCACAACCUAGUGAACACCGUCUUUGAUAUGCACGCACGAGGCAUAACCCACGGUAAUCUUUGCGCUUCCGCAAUCUCCUUUUGCAACACUAUCGGCAACGACCCCGGUAUGCCUGUCGGCGAGGUAGAUGUCAGAAGGCCGCUUGUGUCGUUCUUCGACAUUUUCCCGGAAAGCUCUCCUACUUCUGGCGGGGACUCGCCGACUUUUCUGCUACAUCGGCACCCGCUCGACCCCCGCACCACCAGCCAAUCACCCAUUACCUCGAGCGACGAUACUAGGACACUCGAUCUCUAUUCGUUAGCAAUGAUGCUCGUCUGUAUAGGCUUAUGGACACAGCUCGAGAACCUCGUUCCGAGCCAGGCUUCCCCAAGCAUAUCAGAAUCCGUCCUCCAGCAAUUGGCGAUUCGAUGUGGCACGCCGUAUAUGAGAGCAGUCCAAGCAUGCUGGAAUGCUGUAGACCAAGAGCUGGCACACCCUGGUUCCACCGAAGAGAUCUUAAGCCAGGUUCAGAUCAGGACCAGUCGUUACUUGGAGGCAUGCUGUAUUUUAGACGGUAUAAGCGGCCUAGACGAACGACUGGGCGAUGACCAAGAUAGAUUUUCCCCGGGGGGUGAGGGAAGAUUCGGGACUUUGGUGGAACCUUUGGCUGGCUCAUCGAUAAGCAUGUCGACUACACAUCGACCCAGCACGCCGUCGGCCGCGACAAACGAGUUAGUACCGGUUAGAUCUAGCCACGAGUCAAUCGUACAAGUGUCCGGGGUGGUGGCGGAAGCAUCGUCUACGCGUGGGGGGGGUUCUCGGCCGAAAAUGCGACUCUAUCCCCAAGUAUCGCUGUCUACCGAAGUGGUUGAGCAGUGGAACAACACCCUGAUGCCGCAGAUCAAUAUGGCCUUGCGGCACUUCUAUCGAAAGAACCCGGAAUCUGUCGAGAUCUCGCUUGAGUCGAUCGGCGAGUCACCUCAGAAGACUACACCCACUGUACUGGUUGUUUGCACCUCUGUUAGCACUGUUCGGGCCAUAUUAAAGAAGAAGCUUGGCGUUUUCUUUGAUGGUACGACGGGGUUUUCCCUCAAGGUUUGUCGUGGGUCCGUCUUGCGUUCCCGGAAGGAGUCAGUAAGGAGUAUGGCCAAGGGCCAGCAUUCCGACCCCACCGAAGAUCACGAUGACGAGAGCGAGAGCGAUCACGCAGCCGCCAAUCCCGGCUUCCAGGAGCGACCGCAGAAUGGGGCUAGCAUUGGCGCUUGGAUAGGUGACCAACACCUCCCGCCCGUGAGUUUCGGGGGUUUAAUAAUUGUCGAUGACAAACCAUACGGAAUGACCGUUCAUCACAUGCUGGACAACCCGGAAAAGGUCUACCAAGCCUCCCAUCCAAACCCGGCCGAGGAGACUAGGGGGAUCAACGUGCCACAUCGAAGUAGUGCCGCGGCGGGGCACAUUUCCCACCUACACGAAGCGGAAUCUUUUACUGAAGACAGUGGCGAAGAAUUCGCUUGCGAAUUUUCGGACACUGAGUCGGAACCCUCCCUAACGGAUAUUACCAGCGAUGAAGAAGGAAGUGACGAGGAAGAAGAAUUUACAGAGCCAGGGGAUAUCCCCGGUAUAGAACCGGGCUGCGGAGACGGAUACGUAGUUACUCAGCCCGCGCUUGAUGAUGUGCCCGACGGCUUUUACCCCUCGGAAGAAACGAUGGAUGAAGACCACCUCGACACCUACAGGUUAGGGGAAGUUUACGCCUCGUCUGGGAUACGCAGGCGCUGCGAAGACGGUCUUGUACACGAGAUUGACUGGGCCUUGUUCCAGUUUCAAGAUAGGAGACUUCCCGCGGAUAACGCCAUUCCCCGUGCUACAACCGGGGGUGUUCACUCCAUAGUCUCGCUGGGGGAUAUCCAACCUACAGAGGUCGUUCCGGCGAGAUACCUGCCAGGCCUGGAGGUUCAGUGCAUGGCACGAACUAGCGGAUUACAGACUGGUCGGAUUCUACCUGUCCUGACAUCAGUCAAGAUAUAUGGUCGAACAUCGCCGAGCCACACGUAUCAGGUCAGCGCCAAAUGCCCAACCCUUUCCCAGUGGGUGCCUUUUUCAGGCAGUGGUGAGCCACCUAAGGUGUAUGCUCGCUCUCGAAGUUCCCUGGGGGUGCCCGGAGACUCUGGGGCGUGGGUCAUCGAUCGGCCCUAUGGCCGUCUUUGCGGACACGUUCUAGCCUGGAGUGAACGUAAGCAGGUCGCGUAUAUUUGCCCCAUGGAGGUGCUACUCCUCGACAUCGCAGAGACUCUAGACGCCAGAGAUGUACGACUACCAGGUGGCAACACUAUAGUUGGUGCCGCUAGACAGGAGGAAGACGAGGUGGUAGAAAUAUCCGACCUCGAUGAUUGGAGCGAACAAGGCAAUGUCAUCGAGGAGGUGGAGGAGGAGACCCCUCAAUUGCAAUCCAAUCAAGAUGACGGCACUGGUGCCCAAUCAAGCACGGCAAGUUUGGGGGGAUGCAAGAGGCGUUCAUCCCUGAAACAGAACCCACGGCUAGACCAUGACGGGAAGACCCUAUCCACCGACAUGGACAAAAUGCACCUGUAGCGUCAUUGCAUAAGAUAGGAGUUUGGAUGAGAUACCCCUUUAACAACAUUGAUUGGAAUACGAGUGCACUUGUUUAUGGCUGCUUUUGCGGUCAAUUAUUCCCUGGUUAACGCUGCUCGAUCUCGUUCUCGUCCUCGGAAGACUCUCUUGUCUCGCUCAUCGAGGAGUUUUCAUAUACUUGGUGUUGGUCUUAGAAAUGGAUGCUGGGUAUAUCCGCACGGCAGAAAUUCCGCGUGUCGUGACACUAACCCUCCCGCCUCCUUCUAUCUUCCCCUUAGGUCGGGGGGCCAGCCUUGGCUACGGACGCAUCGGAUCAUUAGAUUGA